GCGCGACUAUUUCAGUGCACAUAGUAGUGUUCGAACAUCAGAGAAACAGCCCUAUAUAUAGACCCACGCAGGUUUGAAGUAGAUAAGAAAAAUACACUGGGUAAUGUACAGCACAAGUAUGGCCAUUGUGUUCGCCGACUGCUAAAAAGUUGCAGUCCCAGUCUCUUGUGGUGGCUGUACAAUCAUAAAAGGGGGCUGUUUUCUUAUGGUUCGUUUCUACGAAUGCCAAAAAUCAUGAGGCAAGGCGCAUUGGUCCUACUUGCCCUCUUGGCACCAAUUGCUGAAGUCAUCGGUUUCGGUGCAUUUUUGGGAAGAUUGGUGGCGAGACUGCCGGCCUUGUUGAGGCCCUUGUCCAAGGUUGGGGAAGUCGCACAUCUCUUGGGCCAUAUAGGUGCAGAAUUUUUGGAACUACACAAAACAGAUUAUGAACUCCAAGAGUCGGAUGUGGCCGACGUAUACGGAAUAGCAAUGGGACCGGCCCCAGGACCCAUGGACCUUAUUCCAAACCCGAACGAUAAUAUAACUGGGUAUACUGGGCCUGGCAUUUCCGGUAAUACAGAAUUCUCAGCGAACAGCACAAUAUAUUUAACGUGCGGAAACUGCAGCUGUACGUUUGACUGGAAAGCGGACUUUUAUGGCAAAACAAUCGGCUGCACUACAAAGGUGAAAAAAUUCAGCUGUUCGUGUGAACGGAGUAGCUGCACAAGCAUGAAGAUUGCGCAGUGCUUAAAAAAUCUGGCAUCAGGAAAUUGUACGCAACAUCUGCAACAAAUCAAAUGCCUCUAAUUUUUAAUAAAAUCUUGGUUACCUAAGAUUG